UGAGGGCCUAACCAGAUGUUAGGCUCAAAGCUGCCACUUGAGGUUCCAUCCACAACCCUCUCCUCCAAAACGCUCCCUGCGAACUACAGCAAUCGAGCAAACUAAGGGCUUAUUACAGUCGAAGUUUGUGCGACACUCGAUGUCACGUCCUCAUCAUCGAAUGGGCGAAAUGGUCAUGACUCCUUACCCUCUGCUCAUCUUCGUCUUCAUCCUCACCUCGGCUUCUGUUCAAUCCAAGCCCUUCUCCGUCCUCACUUCCCCAUACCUCUCACCAUCCACAAUCUUCCCAAAUUACCAAAACAUGCUUCAAAAUUUCAAAAUCUUCAUCUACAAACCAGCAAGAGACUUAUCGUUCACCACUCCGGCAGAAUCUCUCUUCCACGCUUCUCUCCUCAACAGCCCCUUUCUGACGCAAAACCCUAAUGAAGCCCAUCUGUUCUUCGUCCCCUUCCCCUCCUCCCUCUCCCCUCGCUCGAUAUCGCGACUCAUCAGAGACCUUCGCGUGGACUUCCCCUACUGGAACCGCACCCUCGGAGCCGACCAUUUCUACGUCUCCUGCUCCGGCAUCGGCUACGAAUCGGACCGGAACCUCGUCGAGCUGAAGAAGAAUGCGGUUCAAAUCUCGUGUUUUCCUACGCCCGAGGGCAAGUUUAUCCCUCACAAGGACAUAACCCUACCCCCAAUAAACCCCUCCCCGCUCCCACUUUCUCGCUUGCCAAACAACAAGACAGACAAGACUGCGAGAUUUCUGGGUUACUAUCGGAGAAAAGGGCGAGACCGAGUACGGUCCAUCCUGUUGGACGAGUUGAGAGAGAAUCCCGAGUUCGUGAUCGAAUAUGAGCCGUCUGAUGCGUUGACUUACGAGGAAAGACUCGCGAACAGCAAGUUCUGCUUGUUUUUCUACGGCAGUGAUGACGGUGCGGGGAUUGGCGAUGCUCUACGGGUGGGGUGCGUACCGGUGGUGAUUACGGACCGUCCGAUUCGGGAUCUGCCGUUCGCGGACGUGCUGAAGUGGCAAGAGAUCGCGGUUUUUGUCGGCAGGGAUAAUGGGGCUGCGGGAUUGAGGAAGGUGUUGGCUGCUGGCGGAGAGCGGCGGAUGAGAGCGUUGGGGAUGACGGCGAGCCGCCAUUUUGUUUGGAAGGAGUCGCCGGAGCCGUACGAUUCCUUCCACACGGUUUUGUAUCAGCUGUGGCUGAGGCGGCAUACCAUCAGGUACGCGCGGAGGGAAUUGACGUAUGGUGAUGUGGCACGUGCGCCUGCCGUCUAUUAGCUGUUGUAAACAGAUUGUCCCUCUUUUAGCGUCUGUUGGAUAACAUAAAAAAUAAUUUGUAUAAUUAUUACCUAUUAUUUAGCUCGUAAAAAUAAAGAUCUAAUCACUCAAUGAA